AGCAAACAUGUUUAUUGUUGAUAAUGUUGGGUCAGCUGAGCCUGUGUGUUCUUAUUUUAGCCAAAAUUACAAGAAGAUACAGUGGGGAGUGAUGUUAGUACUAUCAGUAAUAAUUUAUGGAUCACAUGCACCUCUCAUUUCUUUGUGCAAAGUGAAUGGAGAGAUCCCCUUCAGUUCAACCUCUGUUGUCCUUCUGAUUGAAUUGUACAAAUUCAUUGUGUCCGUUUCACUUCUCCUUAUUUGGGACAGGAAAUCCACGGAAGUCCUUUUAUCAUGGCGUUUAGCUCUACCAUAUACCCUGCCGGCUCUACUUUAUUGCGUAAAUAACAACUUGGUAGUGCACAUGCAACACUUUAUGGAUCCAAGCAGUUUCCAGGUAUUGAGUAAUCUGAAAAUUGUCAGCACAGCUUUGCUCUACAGUCUGUUUCUAAACCAAAGACUUUCCAUCAACAAGUGGUUUGCACUAUUCUUGCUCCUGGCUGCUGGGGUCUUUUAUAGCUAUGGUGGUAUUCAGGGCGUAGAAAACCUAUCUCCAGACACUCAUUUAUAUGUAACCCUCACAGGCCUCUUUUUAAUGCUUCUCUAUUGUGUAAUAUCUGGAUUAUCAGCUGUUUAUACAGAAAUUAUAUUAAAGACUCAGAGUAUCCCACUGAACAUGCAGAACAUUUUCCUUUAUACAUUUGGCAUAGUGAUAAACCUAACUGCACACUUAACAAGCAGCCAUGAGGGUAGUUUCUUCAAGGGUUUUUCAGUGUGGGUACUUGUAAUUAUUUUCAGCCAGGCCGUCAAUGGCUUGAUCAUGUCUGCAGUAAUGAAACACAGCAGUAACAUCACCCGGCUUUUCAUCAUCUCAUUUUCCAUGCUUGUAAAUGGACUUUUGUCUUUCUUCAUGUUUAAUCUACAACUGACAAUUCUCUUUUACUUGGCUGUCAUUCUCAUUGGUUCCGCUGUCUAUUUAUAUUAUGGUGUCAAGUGAAAUCAGAUGAUGAUGAUACAUAGCACCGGUGGUAGAAGCAACCUACUCUCUCAUUUUUAUUUACUAGUUUGUGCCACCAUUUAAUUCACUUACUAUAAUACAGUUCUGUUCCCUUUGUCUGUACCAGGCUCUAGUAAAGAAAUUGACUGGAAACACUGUGCCAAAUAUAUAUUGUAUAUUACUAAGACCAAUGUUGUUUGUUUGUUUAUAAAAUCUAAUGUUAUCAUUUUAUAUGACAGACAACUCUAUAGGCAACGAUAUAUAUAUAUAUAUAUAUAUAUAUAUAUAUAUAUAUAUAUAUAUAUAUAUAUAUAUAUAUAUAUAUAUAUAAUAAACAUACCCACUUAUAGUUGGGGAGCCACUUGAAAUAUUCUUUCUAACAGCUGUAAAACGGAUGAUAUUAUUCUGAAGAGGGUGUGCAGUACAAGUCUAAAUACUGUGAUGAAAGCUUUUUAUUUGCUAGUGUGUUUUUAAAAACAACUUAAUAAGUUGCAUGUAAAUAAAAAGGAAACCCAUGCACUAUCAUCACUAAAAUUCCCUCCCUGUGUGGUAUAAUUACUGGCGCACUGUACUUUACCACAAAUUUAAUUUCACUCUCUGCCUUUGUGUUUUUAAAAUCUUGUUUGACAAAACAUGUCCUGUGUCUUGAUUUUUCUAUAAUGUAAACCGAGCAUAAAUAGUUUAUACUUAAAGCAAAAACACAUGUCUGGGUGUGUUCAGCGCAUUCCAUUAGUGUAUGUGACACACAGCCAAUGCAUAUUAGUAAAAUGUUUUAAUUAAACAAUAACAAUUAUAAA